AUGUUUGCCGUGCCCGACGCGAAGAGGGUCAAACGAUCCCGUCUCUUCCACGAAGAUGACGACUCGCACGGGUCGCGCGCUUCGUCAAGAUCCGCUUCACCAGGCGAACCACCAAGUGAUAACAUAGAGGUAUCGUAUGGCUUCGAAUAUGACUUCGUGACGCCCACCUUGGCGGACGUGGAGGCUCCUCGAUUUCCAGACGAGCCGCUUCCAGUUACCGAUGCCGAGGAGCCAGAGUAUCAAUUCCGUCUUUUCGCGCCAGGAACGAGCUCUAGGGCGCAGCACCAACAGCCCAAGCCAGCUACAGCCGAUGCAACGGUCAGACUGUCGGCGACGCCAGAGCCUGUUGCUCUCGCGGACGCCCUAUCGCUGGACAAAGCGCAUUUUAUCCGCCCCAACCGCCCAGAGAGUCAUUAUUUCACCGCAGCACUCCCCGAAGCUACCAUUCAGCAGCUAAAGGGCGAAUUUGCGGCUGUUGCAAUGUCUACCACAGACGUCAUUUCGCGGGCGGAGUCAACCUGUUGGCCCGGGACGGCACUUCCAUGGCGAGUAAUUCAAGUCGAAUUGCUCAAUAAGCAGUCUGGUUCCGGAGUACAACGUCCGUUAGAGCAGGUGGACUCGACGACUAGCCAGCGCAAAAGUUCUGCGCAACAGAGAGCCCGGGUGAGGACAAGACCAUCUAAGAAACGACGGAUUCUCGUCCGUCGGCGACUCGCUUUGCGGAAAGAACUCGGCAAUCAAGCGAAAGCGACGGAUGAAAUGGAGCGAGAGAAACGCACGCGGCGAAACCGUGAGAAGAAGGUCCAGAAAAAGGAGAGGGAGAGGAGGAAGAAAAACGAAGCCGAUGGCCGUGGUCACAGCAUAGAACGGGGAGAAGGUCGAGAGCAAUCCAGCGAGGUGGCUGCAGAGCCAGCCGUCACUGGGACGCUACCCAGUAUUGACCCAGUAAAGGUCAGCACAAACCCAACGGAGAGCCAGCUUCGAAAACUUGGGGAGCCAGCAAGCAGCGGUGCUUCAAGCGCAGCAACAGAUGCUCGUAGUACUCCUACCCAACUGUCAGCGGCAGCGACGAAGACUCCGCCGUUGCCGCCAACACGACGAGCACCAACAUCUCGAGCGCCAACCGCAGCAACAGCAUCCACCGCCACCAAGACAGCGAAAGGAGUAUCGAUGUCACGACACCCGACACGCCCGCGGAUAUGA